CGACGCGAGUGCCUGUCAAUGGGAUGCGAGCAACACGUGCACGAAAGAACAGUGAAAAAACCAAACGGUCGGCCGAGUCCACGCGUCACUUUCGGGCUUGUUUCUUCGUACUCAUUACUGCACCCGUCGUCGCAUCGGAAACUCACAAGAAUAUCGUAAUCGGUCUCGUUCCCGUCGCCAUUGCCUCCGCCAUGGCAAACGUUCCAUCACGAGCGACAACCAUCAACACUCGUGUCGCUUGCACAAAAACAAAGUUACGCCUCGAGUUUCAGACAUGCAUCAUCAGCGUACCGAAGUCGGCGAAAAUAAACGAGGCAUGGAUCGGCCGAGCGAAUAAGAUCCCGGAGUAUCUUAAUCUGCUCGCAGUCGACUUAACAAAACCAGACGCUUGUUUCUGUUAGCCGAGGCUUCGGAAUUGCGAUAGCGCCCUCGCGAAACGGUACACUGACAUAUUUAAUGGCUACGUCGCUUGGCAGAUUUAAAACAUCAUGAACUGCUGGAGACUGUAGGUAACGUAGCCGUGCGCAUCUCUCUUGGAAGUUUUCUUGGGUUUUAUUUUUGAACAAGGUCAACUCUUUAACUCUGGGAUAUCUGAAGAACUCCAAGGAAACAUUAACAAUGAGCUAAUCGAAGAAAUAACAGAACGUAAAAAUUAUUACCCAAGCGCAUUCGACAGUUGGCAAGAGUUAGGAAAAAGAAAUCCGCUAGAAAUCUGGAAUAUGCUCCGACCCUAAAUUUUUGUCUACGUACCUCAAAUCUGUUCCGUGCCCUUGCCCAUUGAUUUGAAACCAUGUUUCAUACUAUUUAAUUGAAUUUUACACAUAAACUCGAUGCAGGGUAAAUGCAAAAAUUUAAUGUAUCAUAGAUCCAUUUUAUAUUCCUAAAGAAAUCUAACGCUUAAAAAGUGGUCGCUGAUGUGAAAUAAAUUAAUUAAGUGAAUCUUGA